AUGGUGGCUUCCUUGCCAAUCCAGUUAUCCAAUGUUUGGAGAGACAUGAACAAGAUCGUGUUUGCUGCAUUUGCUCCAGCCCUUGUGUUUGCAAGCCUACCAAAAAUUGUUACCCUUCAUGAUAUCAUCUCUUGGUGGUUUAUGCCAGUGAACGUUGGGAGUAUGUUCUUAACCAGGGGAUUUCUUGGGUGGGUUGCAGGGAAGAUCCUGAAACCAGAAAAGCACCUCAGAGGCCUUGUUACUGCUAACUGCUCAGCCGGUAAAUUGGGCAAUUUGCUUGUCAUCAUUUUCCCGGUGAUCUGCAAUGAGGAUGGCAGUCCAUUUGUGGAGCCAAGUGAAUGA